UGCUUCCUUCGAAGAAGCAGCUGAAUUGUUUGUUCGUGUUUAGUGGCGAGUGGGACUUUUACUGUUUUGGCUCUGCUUCAAGAAACUGUGAAGGUAGAAAGUGUGUGUGGGCUGAUGUGGAUGUGAGUUCAUCAGCAUGGAUCAGUGUGAGGACAAAGAGGAGGGAGUCCCUCCCUCUAAAACCACUCUGUAUGGGGAACAUGAGAGCCAGACCAAAGCUCAGAGGAUCCAGCAGAGACCUGAAUCUUCUGGAUUACCAACUAGCUGUGUGUCCUUAAAGAGUGACCAUUCAAUGCAGAUUAUUACCGAGUUUAAAGAAGGAUGGCCUUCUGCAGCAAAUAGAUUGGACCAGGAGAGCUCAGAGGUUUCCAGUGGUCAGUCUACCCAGCAGAAUCAGACACACCUGGACUCCAUAUUUAUGGUACUGGAGGACAACAUCAUCACUUUUGUGAAGAAUGAGCUGAAGAUGAUGAAGGUUACUCUGAACCGUGAUUACCCAGAAUGCUUGGUGAAACGGAGAGAGGAUGAGGGAGUGUUGGAACGUGGGGAUGAAGAGCAAGAGAGCUGCAGCAGGGAGGCAAUUGUGAAGAUCUCAGUCCACUUCUUGAGAAGAAUGAAGCAGGAGGGACUGGCUGAUUAUCUGCAGAGCAGAACAACUGCUGGAGCUUGUUGUGAAUUUAAAUCUAAGCUGAAGAAGAAGUUCCAGUGUGUGUUUGAGGGGAUCGCUAAAGCAGGAAACCCAACUCCUCUGAAUCAGAUCUACACAGAGCUCUACAUCACAGAGGGAGAGUCUGCAGAGGUCAAUGAUGAACAUGAGGUCAGACAGAUUGAAACAGCAUCCAGGAAACCACACAGACCAGAAACAACAAUCAGACAAGAAGACAUCUUUAAAGGCUUGCCUGGAAGAGAUGAACCAAUCCGAACAGUGCUAACAAAAGGAGUGGCUGGCAUUGGGAAGACAGUGUUGACACAGAAGUUCACUCUGGACUGGGCAGAAGGAAAAGCCAAUCAGGUCAUCCAGUUCAUUUUUCCAUUCACUUUCAGAGAGCUGAAUGUGCUGAAAGAGGAAAAGUUCAGUUUGGUGGAACUUGUUCAUCACUUCUUUACUGAAACCAAAGAAGCAAGAAUCUGCACGUUUGAAGACUUCCAGGUUGUGUUCAUCUUUGAUGGUCUGGAUGAGUGUCGACUUCCUCUAAACUUCCGCAAAACUCCAAUCCUAACUGACCCUAGAAAGUCCACUUCAGUGGAUGUGCUGCUGACAAACCUCAUCAGAGGGAACCUGCUUCCCUCUGCUCUACUCUGGAUAACCACACGACCUGCAGCAGCCAAUCAGAUCCCUCCUCAGUGUGUAGACAUGGUGACAGAGGUCAGAGGGUUCACUGAUCCACAGAAGGAGGAGUACUUCAGGAAGAGAUCAAAAGAUGAGAAAAAGGCCAAUCGGAUCAUCUCCCACAUCAAGACGUCACGGAGCCUCCACAUCAUGUGCCACAUCCCAGUCUUCUGCUGGAUCACUGCUACAGUUCUGGAGGAUGUGCUGAAAGCCAGCAUGAGGGAAGGGCUGCCAAAGACCCUGACUGAGUUGUACAUCCACUUCCUGGUUGUUCAGGUCAAAGUGAAGAAGGUCAAGUAUGAUGAAGGAGCUGAGACAGAUUCACCCUGGAGUCCAGAGAGCAGGAACAUAAUUGACUCUCUGGGAAAACUGGCUUUUGAGCAGCUGCAGAAAGGAAACCUGAUCUUCUAUGAAUCUGACCUCAAAGAGUGUGGUAUUGAUAUCAGAGCAGCCUCAGUGUACUCAGGAGUGUUCACACAGGUCUUUAAAGAAGAGAGGGGACUGUACCAGGACAAGGUGUUCUGUUUUGUCCAUCUGAGUGUUCAAGAGUUUCUGGCUGCUCUUCAUGUCCAUCUGACAUUUAUCAACUCUGGAAACAAUCUGCUAGAAGAACAACAAAAAACAUCCAAGAAAUUUGAUACAAAAGAAUCUGCAGAGAAACACUUCCACCAGAGUGCAGUGGAAAAGGCCUUAGAGAGUCUGAAUGGACAUCUGGACUUGUUCCUUCGCUUCCUUCUGGGUCUUUCACUGCAAACUAAUCAGAAUCUCCUACAAGGUCUGCUGACACAAACAGAAAGUAGUUCACAGACCAAUCUUGAAACCGUUAAGUACAUCAAGUGGAAGCUCAGUCAGAAUCUGGCUGCAGAGAAAACCAUAAACCUGUUCCACUGUCUGAAUGAACUGAAUGAUUGUUCUCUAGUGGAGGAGAUCCAACACUCCCUUAGUUCAGGAAGUCUCUCUGCAGAUAAACUGUCUCCUGCUCAGUGGUCAGCUCUGGUCUUCAUCUUACUGUCAUCAGAAAAAGAUGUGGAUGUGUUUGACCUGAAGAAAUACUCUGCUUCAGAGGAGGCUCUUCUGAGGCUCCUGCCAGUGGUAAAAAUCUCCAACAAAGCUCUACUGAGUUCCUGUAACCUAACAGAAAGAAGCUGUGAAGCUCUGUCCUCCAUUCUAAACUCCCAUUCAAGUCUGAGAGAGCUGGACCUGAGUAAUAAUGACCUGAUGGACGCUGGAGUGAAUGCACUGUCUGCUGGGUUGGAAAGUCCACACUGUAAACUUGAAACACUCAGGCUGUCAGGCUGUCAAAUCACAGAACAAGGCUGUAAGGCUCUGGUGUCUGCUCUGAACUUAAAACCCUCUCAUCUGAGAGAGCUGGACCUGAGCUACAAUCAUCCAGGGGAUGCAGUUGUGAAGCUGCUUGCUGUGGGACAGGACCACCUAAACUGGAGGCUGGACAUGCUCAGGGUGGAGCCUGCUGGAGUCCAGUGGUUGAGACCAGGUCUGAAGAAGUAUUCGUGUCAACUCACAAUCGACACAAACACAGUAAACGGAAAACUCAGACUGUCUGACAACAAUAGGAAGGUGACACAUGUGGAGGAGGAUCAGUCAUAUCCUGAUCACCCAGACAGAUUUGAUGACCUCUGUCCUCAGCUACUGUGCAGAAAUGGUCUGACUGGUCGCUGUUACUGGGAGGUCGAGUUUAGUGGCCAGGCACUUCUGUCAUUGAAUUACCAAAGAAUUACAAGGAAAGGAAACACUAGUGACUCUUUGUUUGGAUGGAGUGAUCACUCCUGGAGUGUGAGGUGCACUGAAAAUGGUGUUGAUUAUAUCCUUCACAAUAAAACUGAAACAUCCAUCCCCUCCUCUUUUUCCUAUUCCUCCUCCAUUUCCACCGGAGUCUGUAACAGAAUAGCAGUCUAUUUGGACUGGCCUGGUGGCACUCUGUCCUUCUACAGAGUGUCCCCUGACACUCUGAUCCACCUCCACACCUUCAGCACCACAUUCACGGAACCUCUUUAUCCUGGAUUUGGGUUUGGGUUAUCAUCCUGGAACAGUCCUGGUUCCUGGUUAUCUCUCUGUUAAGUUUAGUACCGGAGGCCUGCCCAUGUUAAAGAAACUGUUUCGAUCAUACUUGAGUGUCUCUGUCAUUCAGAUUUCAAUUACAUGUUGAUUUUCAUUUGUAGACUUAUCUAAGCUAAACGUUUGUUUUACUCUUUUGAAGUUGUGCUUAAACUGAUUUCUUAUGUCGUUUA